CUACUUCCUCGUUUCUUGCGCGUGCCCAUCCGCGCCUGUCGCUGUGACCACAGAUUCCCUUCCGCCGACAGGCUGCUGUCACACAGCCACCAUGUUAUCCCAUUCCCGGUGUCUCACCAGGAAUUUUGGCCGUUCCCUCUCUGCCAUCCGCCAGGGAAAUAAUGUGUUAGCUCGUCGAGCCACUGCAGCUCUAUCAGUUAACCAUUCGGUCACUCUCAACAAGAAUGUAAAACCUGAUCCCCGGUCCAGUGUCUUCCAAAUUCAGUACUUUAGGACAUCUGCAGCCUACAGAGAUGAAGUCGUCACAGUUAAGACUCCUGCGUUUGCAGAAUCUGUCACAGAGGGGGAUGUGAGGUGGGAAAAAGCUGUUGGAGACAGCGUCUCGGAGGAUGAGGUGGUGUGUGAGAUUGAGACUGAUAAGACAUCAGUGCAGGUUCCCUCCCCUGCUGCUGGAGUGAUUGAGGAGCUUUUGGUCCCAGAUGGAGGAAAGGUCGAAGGAGGGACUCCCCUGUUUAAGCUUAGAAAAGGAGCUGGUGCACCCAAAGCUGCAGAAGCUCCAAAAGCAGAGGCCCCUGCCGCAGCCCCUCCACCACCUUCUGCUGCUCCUCCUCCACCUCCUCCCCCCUCAGCUGUGGGCCCCAUUCCCACCACUAUGCCCCCUGUGCCACCUGUGCCAGCACAUGCUAUGGACACCAAACCAGUUUCAGCCAUCAAGCCCACUCCUGCUCCGGCUGCUGCAGCAGUUCAAGCAGAAGCUGUGGCCAAAGGAGCUCGGACAGAGAGCAGGGUUAAGAUGAACCGCAUGAGACUGAGAAUUGCUCAGAGACUGAAAGAAGCCCAAAACACCUGUGCUAUGUUGACUACGUUUAAUGAGGUCGACAUGAGCAACAUCUCAGAGAUGAGGAAGACGUACAAAGAUGCCUUCCUAAAAAAGCACAACAUCAAGUUGGGCUUCAUGUCUGCGUUUGUGAAGGCCGCUGCCUACGCUCUGACAGACCAACCUGCUGUCAAUGCCGUGAUUGAUGACACAACCAAAGAGAUUGUGUACAGGGAAUAUGUGGACAUUAGUGUAGCUGUGGCCACGCCAAAGGGUCUGGUGGUUCCUGUAAUCCGAAACGUAGAGGGAAUGAACUUUGCAGACAUUGAGAAAGCCAUCAAUUUGCUGGGAGAAAAAGCCCGUAAGAAUGAGCUGGCCGUUGAAGACAUGGAUGGAGGAACCUUCACCAUCAGUAACGGUGGCGUGUUUGGGUCCAUGUUCGGCACACCUAUCAUCAAUCCACCACAGUCUGCUAUUUUAGGCAUGCAUGGCAUCUUUGACAGGCCGGUCGCAGUCAGUGGCAAGGUGGAGAUCCGUCCCAUGAUGUAUGUUGCCCUGACGUACGACCAUCGUCUCAUCGACGGAAGAGAGGCCGUCACUUUCCUGCGCAAGAUCAAGUCAGUGGUGGAGGAUCCCCGGGUGCUGCUCCUUGACAUGUGAGCCCUUGUGAACUCCAGGCCCAGCCAAACAAAUCACCCUACACAAACAGCGGCCAUUUCCACCCGAUGAACAUUACUGUAACUGCAGUUAAUGUAUUGUUGUAUUGGUUAAGUAGAAAAAGAGGAUUUUUGGAGAACAGUUUGGUUGUGCACUGGACAUUUGGAGGGCAGGUGGUUCUGGGAAGGUUUAGUUCUGACGUGGACAAAUGUCGGGGUCUGGGUUUUCUGUGGUGCUGGUCUCUAGAUCAAAAAAUGAUAUCCUAUAACCCACUCGCCAUGUGUCAUUUUCUACAUUCAGCAGAAAAAAUAUCGUAAAAGAUGGACAUCAAACGGAUAAACUGCAUUGUAUCAUUUGAUUAUUUUGGUUGAGAGAAGAACAAUGAGAACAUAUGCAGCCAGAAACCAAGAAACACUAUGUAAAAAAUGUCCAAAGUGAAGAAACCCUCUGGAAAAAUUGUCAUCUGUUUUACAAAAAUGAGGAUAAUUCUCUAUAUGAUGUGUAAGAAAGACUAUUUAAGAAAAUAAAGUUUUAAAAAAAUAAAAGCUGCAUUACUUGA